CGCCCACACCUUCACACAACUCACAUCGGCAAGACGCAACGCCACCAUCCGCAGCAGAGCAAAGCCUCGCAAAACUCCGCAAGCAGUGCACGUCGCACGUACUCAGUACACUUCACCACCCCAGCCUUCGCAGCGCAUCAGCAGCAGCACUCAUUAACGGGUGACACAGCAUGUCGUUCUUCACGAAAGGACUCGCGGGCAUCUUCAACAACGGAAAGGCUCGCAAGAAAGACGAAGGAAAGGGCUGUGACAAGAAGAAGGACAAGAAGGACGAAGGGAGCUGGGAGGAGCUCACGGACGCCUACGGCCGCACGUACUGGCAGCACAGCAAGACAGGCGAGUGGCACUUCGGCUACGGUGGCGGCUUUGUCCCUCCCGUUGGGACGGUCAACCCGUCCCCCAUGGGCUACCCCGGCGGCCCGGUCUUCACGCCGUCGCCAGUGCACGGCGGCACACUCUUCCCUGUCGCUGUCGCCCCCGCUAAGAAGAAGGAGAAGAAGGAGAAGGGCAAGGGGUGGUGGGAGACGAUGUACGACGAAGACGGAGACAAGUACUGGGAGCACACGGUGACAAAGAAGACCACCUACAAGGACCCUUACUACUGAACACGAAGAGCACGAGCAGAAAAGAACGAACAAGAGGUUUGGUUGUAUAUAAGCGUGCAGGCUGUCCAUGGCGGAGUGGAAUGGAUGGCGUGUUCGGGUAAUGAGUAAGUGUAGAGUUUCUUCCCGAGGGUGCCCUGGAUAAAUCCCGAAAGCUCCAGACUAUGGCAGGAUGGUUCGGGAUAACUAAAAAUAUGUCGUCUUGGGGAAAUAUAUGUUGCAGAGGCCCACUUGAUGGUAGCAAAGGCAGAGCUACUGCUGCAGCUCCUUGUAAUCUACGCCCCUUUGCGACCACUCGGCGCCAUUCUUUCACGCAAGUCCCCUUGCGUGUGGCAUAUGUAUGUAUGUUGCGUGUCUUUUGUUUUUUUCGUGUAUACUGUGACGAAAACAUGGGGAAUGAGUUCUACGAUGGGUUGCGACGACAGCAGUGCAUUUUCACGCGGCGGGUAACGAGUGGGGGGGUUGAGUUGGUGUGGGGGUUGCGAGUGGCUGGUUGAGUUAGAGUUUGUGCUUUGUUCGGAUCGUCCUUGUUCUUUGUUUUCGACUAAGAUUCCAGUUGUAGUUGUGUCUUUGUUUUAUUAUUCAUGAACCAGAAGAGGAUGAGCCUGGCUGUCGACUCCACGACAAAAUUAAACAUUCGUUGGUCUGCGAGAAAGUCAGGUUUAUGCAACACUUCGUAUGUCUUUUCAUGGUUUUGGCUAGUCAGACUACACGAGUACUUCGGUGGGGUAUUGGUACGGUGAUGAUUACGUAGGGUAAAAUGUAACACAACACAAAGAAGCAUUUUAGGAUGCAUGCACCCAUUUUGUGUCGGCAAGUGCUACAGGUACAGGGAGGGCUCAUGUUCCGAGUGGGGUUGGCGUGAGGGUCUGAGGUGCUGAACAGGAACCACGUGUGAAGGGUGCACGCCGAUUGCGUAUGAGUUGGGAUUGGCGGAAGGGUUGGGACGAACGUCGGAAAUGGGGGCGCCGUGAGGCUGCACUCAAUUCGUGAGGAAAACUGGCGCAUAUUUUACGAUCCUUGGCAAAGGGGGAAGCAGAAGGUUGUACUCGUUUCGGGAAUACACUGAUUUUGGUUGGGGAGGAGGACUGGGCGUACGCUUGUGGACUCUUUGUAAAUACAUGCGAUGUGCAGGUGGAAGUGCUUUGAAGCAGGAGAUAAAAAAUAACACAUUUGUACAUAAAACAACGAGCUUACUUGUAUGUAUGGAGCUUUUUCUCCCCUGUUUUUGAGAGCAUUAAAACGGAGGGGGCAUCCUUGCUUAGGCGACGGCAUGCCUUGAAUUGCCGAAGGCCAAACAAAGUGGCGUAGUGCCGUGUUCUGGGGAAAACGCUGCCGCUACACCGUCGUCGUCGCCAAGCGCGCCAUGUAACUUUCCUGUGGCUACCUUCGCCUCGUGGGUGUGCAGGCGUGCGACGCAUCUCUCUCACCCUCAUCACCAGAGAGAGCGAUCGAUGCCUGCCGUCAUCAGAAAAUGUCAAGCCUCUGUGUGGCCGUCGCGCCAUGUUUCGCAGGCGAGGCGGCUCUGAGACGCGGAAUCUUCGCGACGACCCAACCGCGUUCCACCAUCUAUGCAGCUCGUUUCUUCUUAUUUUUGGUGCACAGCCAAGGGUCGCAACAACAGCCGGGGCUACCAGUAACAGCGCACAAAACACGGUGAAGAGCUUGAAGGGCCCGAGCCAACGGCUGCAUUUUGAGGGUUUAGUCGUCAGACACUUCUACCCGGAAUCAAUGGGAACUACUUUAAUUUAGCUGACCUUGCACACGUGGUACCAACGGACAUACGCCGUCUAGUGUGUGAGCCUGUCUGCCUGUUUUCUAGACACCCUCUCGUCCAAGAGAGGUAGGGCGUGUGUUGUCAUAGUCUUACCAGUUUUUUCCUGGUGUCACGAAUACUGGCGUGUGCUGUGACUUGUCAACUGCUUUCGACGGCAGCGACUACUCUGCGACUGAGCGUCUUACCUGGGC